CCCCGCCCCGGUCGCGCCGUCUCGCGAGAGUUGGGAGUAAACAGCCCCGAAUGGAGACGCGAGGCGUGUUCGCUGCGGAGGAGCCGUUAUCCCGGGCCCGCCGGACCGGAGCUUGAGGCGGUCGGAGGCCGCCCAGCGCGCCCCAGUGACCGCCGCCCGCUGGACCGGGGCCCCACGCUGCACAUGGCGAGUAGGACUCACUUGUCUGGGCCGCAGUGAGGGGCGCCCGAGGCCCAAGAUGGAGAAGAAACGGAGAAAGAAAUGAAAGCCUCUUUUCAGGCCAAACCACAAAAGGCCAUGAAAUUUAACUUUUAUUUACGUUGGACAAGACUAUAAAACGGCCGAUCGAUGAUGUUUCAGCUCUUUGCCGAGACAAAAAUUAACUAAUAAUCAAGGAAGAGAAAAGUGCAGUUUGAAUAUAUGCGGUUUUAUGACCGUAUCCGCCUACGACCAUGAAGCCUGUCGCCAUCUGGCUGCUUCUGCUCGUGGUUCUGCUCUGCGGGAAGAGACAUCUGGGUGACAGGCCGGACAGGAAGACUUCCGAAAGUGCCCCGUGCCCUGGCUGUUCCCACCUGACUUUGAAGGUGGAAUUCUCCUCGACGGUCGUGGAAUACGAAUACAUUGUGGCUUUCAACGGAUACUUCACAGCCAAAGCUAGAAAUUCUUUUAUUUCAAGCGCCCUGAAGAGCAGUGAGAUAGACAACUGGAGAAUCAUUCCUCGCAACAAUCCAUCCAGUGACUACCCUAGUGAUUUUGAGGUGAUUCAGAUAAAAGAGAAGCAGAAAGCGGGGCUGCUGACCCUGGAAGACCACCCCAACAUCAAACGGGUGACGCCCCAGCGGAAAGUCUUUCGGUCGCUCAAGUAUGCGGAGUCGCCCUGUAACGAGACCCGGUGGAGCCGCACGUGGCAGUCGCCCCGGCGCCUGCGCAGAGCCAGCCUGUCCCUGGGCUCUGGCUUCUGGCACGCCACGGGCAGGCAUUCGAGCAGGCGGCUGCUGAGGGCCAUCCCGCGCCAGGUGGCUCAGACCCUGCAGGCGGACGUGCUGUGGCAGAUGGGCUACACAGGUGCAAACGUAAGGGUUGCUGUUUUUGACACUGGGCUGAGCGAGAAACACCCCCACUUCAAGAACGUGAAGGAGAGGACCAACUGGACGAACGAGCGGACCCUGGACGACGGACUGGGCCACGGCACGUUUGUGGCGGGUGUGAUAGCCAGCAUGCGCGAGUGCCAGGGCUUUGCCCCGGACGCGGAGCUGCACAUCUUCAGGGUCUUCACCAAUAACCAGGUAUCCUACACCUCCUGGUUCCUGGACGCCUUCAACUACGCCAUCCUGAGGAGGAUGGACGUGCUGAACCUCAGCAUCGGCGGCCCCGACUUCAUGGACCACCCCUUCGUCGACAAGGUGUGGGAAUUAACGGCCAACAACGUGAUCAUGGUCUCGGCCAUCGGCAACGACGGGCCUCUUUACGGCACUCUGAAUAACCCUGCUGACCAAAUGGACGUGAUCGGAGUGGGUGGCAUUGACUUUGAGGACAACAUCGCCCGCUUCUCCUCGAGGGGAAUGACCACCUGGGAACUCCCAGGAGGCUACGGCCGAGUGAAGCCCGAUAUCGUCACCUAUGGCGCCGGAGUGAGGGGCUCCGGCGUGAAGGGGGGCUGCCGAGCCCUGUCGGGGACCAGCGUGGCCUCUCCGGUGGUCGCCGGCGCGGUCACCUUGUUGGUAAGCACAGUCCAGAAGCGAGAGCUGGUGAACCCGGCCAGCAUGAAGCAGGCCCUCAUCGCGUCCGCACGGCGGCUGCCUGGGGUCAAUAUGUUCGAGCAAGGCCACGGCAAGCUGGAUCUGCUCAGAGCCUACCAGAUCCUCAACAGCUACAAACCGCAGGCAAGCCUGAGCCCCAGCUACAUCGACCUGACUGAGUGCCCCUACAUGUGGCCCUACUGCUCCCAGCCCAUCUACUACGGAGGGAUGCCGACCAUCGUCAACGUCACCAUCCUCAACGGCAUGGGCGUCACCGGGAGAAUCGUAGACAAGCCCGACUGGCAGCCGUACCUGCCGCAGAACGGGGACAACAUCGAAGUCGCCUUCUCCUACUCCUCCGUCUUGUGGCCUUGGUCAGGCUACCUGGCCAUUUCCAUCUCUGUCACCAAGAAAGCGGCCUCCUGGGAGGGCAUCGCGCAGGGGCACGUCAUGGUCACCGUCGCUUCCCCCGCGGAGGUGGAGUCAAAAAGCGGCACAGAACAGACGUCAACGGUGAAGCUCCCGAUCAAGGUGAAGGUCAUUCCCGCCCCGCCGCGGAGCAAGAGAGUUCUCUGGGACCAGUACCACAACCUCCGCUACCCGCCCGGCUACUUCCCCAGGGACAACCUGCGCAUGAAGAACGACCCUUUGGACUGGAACGGCGACCACGUCCACACCAACUUCAGGGACAUGUACCAGCACCUGAGGAGCAUGGGCUACUUUGUCGAGGUCCUUGGCUCCCCCUUCACCUGCUUUGACGCCGGUCAGUACGGAACUCUGCUCAUGGUGGACAGCGAGGAGGAGUACUUCCCCGAGGAGGUGGCCAAGCUGAGGAGGGACGUGGACAACGGCCUUUCGCUCAUUGUCUUCAGUGAUUGGUACAACACGUCCGUCAUGAGGAAAGUCAAGUUUUACGACGAAAACACAAGGCAGUGGUGGAUGCCGGACACCGGAGGGGCUAAUGUCCCUGCUCUGAACGAACUUCUGUCUGUCUGGAACAUGGGGUUCAGCGAUGGCCUGUAUGAAGGGGAUUUCACCUUAGCAAACCACGACAUGUACUACGCGUCGGGCUGCAGCAUCGCCAAGUUCCCAGAAGAUGGCAUCGUGAUAACGCAGACCUUUAAAGACCAGGGGCUGGAGGUCUUAAAGCAGGAAACGGCAGUUGUUGAAAACGUCCCCAUUUUGGGACUUUACCAGACUCCAGCCGAGGGCGGAGGCCGGAUCGUGCUGUACGGGGACUCCAACUGCUUGGAUGACAGUCACCGGCAGAAGGACUGCUUUUGGCUCCUGGAUGCGCUCCUUCAGUACACGUCGUACGGGGUGACCCCUCCCAGCCUCAGUCACUCCGGGAACCGGCAGCGGCCUCCCAGCGGAGCCGGCUCGGUCACUCCAGAGAGGAUGGAGGGGAACCACCUGCACCGCUACUCCAAGGUCCUCGAGGCCCGCUGGGGGCGCCCGGAGCCUCGGGCCCUGCCGGCCUGUCCGCACCUGUCGUGGGCCAAGCCGCAGCCGUUAAACGAGACGGCUCCGAGCAACCUUUGGAAACAUCAGAAGCUGCUCUCCAUCGACCUGGACAAAGUGGUGUUACCCAACUUCCGAUCGAACCGGCCCCAAGUGAGGCCCUUGUCUCCCGGGGAGCGCGGCGCCUGGGACAUUCCCGGAGGGAUCAUGCCCGGCCGCUACAACCAGGAGGUGGGCCAGACCAUCCCCGUCUUCGCCUUCCUGGGGGCCAUGGUGGUCCUGGCCUUCUUCGUGGUCCAGAUCAACAAGGCCAGGAGCAGGCCGAAGCGCAGGAAGCCACGGGUGAAGCGUCCCCAGCCUGUGCAGCCGCCUCACCCGCCGAAGACCCCCUCCGUGUGACGCCAGAGCCGCCACUGCGAGAGCCAAAGAGCUGUCGAGGCCGCCGCGAUGGGCGGCCUGCUGCCCGGGGCUCCUGCGCCCUGCCGCCCACGUGCUCGGGUGUGUCCUCGGCGGGCCGCCCACGUGCCGCACAGGUGCGUCAGGCGGUGGCCGGUGGCCCUGCAGGAGGGGCCCGUGGCCCCGCCCCCAGGGGGACCUCACGGCCGCCGUGCACCGAGAGGGAGGCAGCUUUUACACGGGC